CCUGACCCUAAGACCCGGAAAACAGACCCGUAGAAAUUAAAGAAUACCCUUCUCCUUCUUCAUUCUUCUCGCCUCGGUUCUCACUUCUCAUCGACUGAAAGAAAACCUACACCCUAAAAUCUCAACCGAUUCUCGACGACUUCCGUCCGGGCGUCCAACCCAGUCGUGGCGCUUCGCUUCCUCGUCGUCGGCGCGGUUGGAAAAUCCCUUCAUCGCUUCACGAUACCUCUUCUCCAUUCUUCUCAUCGACUAAAAGGGAAACCUACAACCUAAAAUCUCCAUCGAUUCUCGGCGACUUCCAUCCGGGCGUCCAGCCUAGUUGUCGUGCUUCCUCGUCGGCAGCGCGGUUGGAGAAUCCCUUCACGAUACCUCGUCGCCAACAGGACCUUGGAGAAGAAGUUAUUGGUCGAAAAUCUGCAUCAAUUAUAGUGAUUGGAGAACUAGGAAUUGCAAGAGAAGGUGAUCUUCUUAAUUUGUGCCUGAAGAAUCUGUUGAUGAACUGAAGAAGAAAAUUCAGUCACAGCUAGCAGUAAUCUCAUGGAGGUCUCCACCAAUGCACCUUCUCAAGGAAAUCUUUCAUUGGAAAUUGAUGAAAAUGAAGAAGGGAUUUUUGGAGGAUAUGUCCAAUGACUAUUCGGAAAUGAGAGGGGUUACUUAUGGAAGCUCAUCAAGAAGUGUGGGGAGUGCAACACCAAAUGAGAAUGAUGAAUCUGAAAGUGUGGAAGAUUAUUUGAAGAAAAAAUUCAAGAGAAAGAGAAUGGAAGAUAGGGUGGGAGAAACUACACUUUCGGAGCUUGAGAGGUACUUAAAGGCGAAUCUUGAGGAUGAUGUGGACAUAACUUUUAACAUUUUAGCAUGGUGGAAGAAGCAUUCUAGUGAGUAUCCAAUACUGAGCUUGAUGGCUAGAGAUGUGUUGGCGAUUCCAGUCUCCACUGUUGCAUCUGAGUCUGCUUUCAGUACCGGGGGGCGCGUUUUAGAUGCAUUUCGGAGUUCUUUGACUCCCUUGGUUGUUGAAAGUUUAAUUUGUGGUCAAAAUUGGCUUCGAUCGAGUACUCUUCCAAUUGACAUGGAAGAGAAUUUUGAAGAAAUUGAAGAACUUGAACAAGAGUUGAAAGAGUAUUGCUUGGAUGAUAGUACUAUCAUGAAUGAUUUAGUUGAUGAUGAUUGAAGAAUGGUGUAUUGUGUAAUCAUGAUAUGAUGUCAAUGAUGAUUAUCUAACAAUGAUGUAUUGUGUGAUCAUGAGUAUGAUGUACUUGAUUAUUAUCGAACAAUGAUGUCAUUGAUGAUUAUCUAACAAUUGAUGCC